AUGUCCGACUCAACGCUGGCUAAAUUUCUUUACUACCUGUUCAAAUGUCUCGGUCUAGCGCCAUUAACAUAUGGCCCCAAAAAGCAUUUUCGUAGCUCGAAAUAUGGUCUUCUUUACAGCGCGGUACUGAUGAAAUGCUUGAUCGCAACGAAUGGCUACGCCAUCAAGGUAUCCUUCGAAAAUAACCGCGUAGUGCAAUUUGAUCGUAUUGUCGACAGUUCGCGCGACACCAUCGGCACCGUCUGCAGUAUUUUGAUUCUAAUUACUUUUUGCCUGCAACGAGAGAGAAGCGUUAACUUAGCUAACAAAUUGAAGACGCUUUACGAGUUGUUGAUUGCCAGCGAGAUGUAUUUAUUAACGAAAAUCUUUAAAGAAAUUUGCAUCUUGAGCUUCUUCGCUUGGUUGCUGCUGCUGAUCGUCCCAUUCAUAUCGAAUAUGUUUCGAUUUGAGCUGUUGCUCUACAGUGUUGGCCCCUACGCAGCCGACGCAAUUAUUACCGGUGCUAUGCUUCAAUACAGUUUCGUUUUGAGAUUCGUCAAGCAAUUAUUCGAGAUAAUUAAUAAUAACAUUGACAGAUGUUGUUUGCUGCAGAGCUUGCAGUUGAAGAGCACACAAAUAUCAUGCGCCAGGGAUGUUCAUUUCGCCUUAUACGAAUUUUGCGAGCAGUUGGACAAGUUUUACUCAGUACCCAUGUUGCUGAGUGUUUUGUAUGAGUUUGUCGAUCUUGUGCUAUGCUCCUACUUUACGGUGAAAUUUUUACUUUUUGAUCGGGGUCCGAUUUCUAGUGUUGUUAAUGAGGUGCGGGUUAAUGUAAUAUUAUCAUUCGACUACUUUUAUCAAUCCAUAACACAAUAUUUGUUCUUGUUUCUUAAACAGAAUAAACGUACUGGAAAAAUUAUUUAUAAGUGGAUGGGAAAUGUGAAUGGCAAACAAAUAACCACGAAGAUCGUAGGAUCUAUUACAACUUACAUAGUGAUACUUUUACAGUUGCAAAGUAAGGAUAGAAAGUAA